GCCAACCGCCAUUGGACAAAAGAAGAAGUUGGUCUCUCUUGAGAUGUUGUCGUUUAUUAUGGCGCAUGUCAACGAAUGGAAAUAGUGUCCAGCCGUCUAUCAUCAGCUCUAGAAAAGAUUUUCCAACUGUCCGGACUCAACAGAAAUGGCAUGAACACCGAGCCGAUGGAGGAAAAAGCUCUGGACGUGUACGAUGUGAUUCGAUCCAUCCGGGACCCCGAGAAGCCGAACACCCUGGAGGAGCUGGAGGUGGUGACAGAGAAAUGUGUGGAGAUUCAGGAGCUCAACGAGGACGAGUUCCUCAUCAUAAUCAGAUUCUCCCCAACCGUUCCUCACUGCUCCCUGGCUACUCUGAUUGGCCUGUGCAUACAAGUGAAGUUGCAGCGGUGUCUGCCAUUUAAACAUAAGUUGGAAAUUUACAUUUCAGAAGGAACCCAUUCUACUGAAGAAGACAUUAACAAACAGAUCAAUGAUAAGGAGCGGAUAGCAGCUGCCAUGGAAAACCCCAACCUCAGAGAAAUUGUGGAGCAGUGUGUAGCUGAACCAGACGAUUGACGGAGGACACCCCACCUGCUUAAAGCAAAUUCUUUCUAACCUGCUGUGUUUGUGUUUGUAAUGUCCCAAAGCCUGAGAAGGUUUAUUUACAUGAUUCCAUUGCAUCUGUUUGAAAUCAGCUGGACAAUAACUGUGAGGAGUUGGCAGAUUGUUCUAUUAUGUUUCUAGAGGAGGGACUCGUCUCAUACACAAAUUUAGUUUGAACUGUGAUGACAAUACGGCACGAUAGGAAGUUGGUGUAAAAUGAGUGCUGAUUGCUGACUUUAUCAUGUGGACAGCUUAGUGGUAAUAUUGCAGGAGUUAUUUCUCUCUUCCAACUGCUAAGAGACAUAAAAAGCUGUAUGAGCAGUAGACUAGAGGACAUGCUUCCUAACAUACUUCCAUCUGACCCUCCAUCCGUCUGAUUUCCAUCCAUCAUUCCUCUAGUUUGCCAUUCUGUGGUAGAUAAGUUAUUGUAUGUUUUUUUGAUAAAUUGAAACAGAAUAAGUUAGAAAAUCCUUUCUUGUUCAGGAUUUUAUUUUAGUAAAUGUAAAUUACCAUUUAAAUGUACUAAAUUGAUAUGAAUACAAUUUAUGCUUUAUUAAACAUAAGUGCUUUAAAUAAAAUUUAAACUUUAAGCAGAAA